GAAAGGGUCUUUAUGCUGGAAAGGAGUUCCAACAAGGAGAGUUCAUUUUAGAAUAUGCCGGAGACCUUAUCAGUAGGACAAAAGGGCUUGCUCGUGAGAAAAUGUAUCCUUCUCACAAAGGAAGUUACAUUUACUUCUUUACCUGGGACAGUAAAAGAUAUUGCUUGGAUGCAACAAAUUCAUCUCGUAAAUGUAGAUUUGCAAAUGAUGCUGGCCCAAGAGAUGAUCGUCAAAAUGCUGUGAUGAAGUGUAUACCAGUUAAUGGAACACCACAUCUCGGACUCUUUGCAGCAAUGAAGAUAGGCAUUGGUGUGGAAAUAAGAUAUGACUAUGGUGUUAAAGAUCUUCCGUGGAGAAGACAGGUAGUAGUUUCAUUGUAGUCUUAUUUCAUAGACUACUCUUUAGAUACUAGCUGCUGGUAGAAAACUUGUGAGCUUUGUGACAUCCUGGUCAUACUGGAGGAUAGCUGCAAUAAUGUAGCCCUCUCCCAUUUUUAUGCACCCUGAUGGAUAGGUCCCGGGCGUAUAUUGUUUUUGUCCUGUCUGUUUGUCUGUUUAUCUGUUUGUCUGUUUGUUUUUUUGUCUGUUGUCAACUUUAACCUUCACCAUAACUUUUGAACCAUAAGAGAUACAGACUUCAUAUUUGGUAUGCAUACUCAACUAAUUAAGUCCUUUCAAGUGACAUCAAGGUCAAUGACCUUCUGACCUUGACUGUGACCUAUAUGCUAAAAAUAGUUUUUUCCACUGUUUGUCAUAACUUUUGAACCAUAGGAGAUACGGACUUCGUAUUUGGUAUACUUAGUCCAUAAAUAAAGUCCUUUCAAAUGACAUCUAGGUCAAUGACCUUGUGACAUUGACUGUGACCUAUAUGCUAAAAUAGUUUUUUCCACUGUUUGUCAUAACUUUUGAACCAUAGAAGAUAUGGAUUUCAUAUUUGAUAUUCUUACUCCACUA